AUGUCCAAAGGCUCAACCUCAUCCCAACCAAACGAACGUCCUCCUGCUCCACCAGGGCCUAAAAAUUUUGUUGAAUGGUAUCUUCUUUCAUACAACCAAGUCUCUUUUCUCGGCUGGUUUUGGAUCUUGUACUUGACCGUCUCUGAACUAUACCAGAAACAAGGUGAUUACCAAGGCGUGUUUGACCUCGUCUGGCCUUCGCUUAGCUAUGUUCAAACAGCUGCUUUAUUCGAGGUUCUCCAUAGUGUCUUGGGCUUUGUAAGAGCACCCAUUAUGACUACCUUGAUGCAAGUUGCUUCUCGUUUAUUCCUCGUCUGGGGAGUCAACUACUUUGUUCCCGAAAUUCAUACACACUGGUCCUUCUCAACCAUGGUCAUCGCUUGGUCCAUUGCUGAAUGUACGCGAUACGCAUUCUAUAUCUUCCACCUCUCAGGCGGAGGUGUACCCGGUUUGAUCUCUUGGGCGCGAUACAACUUCUUCCUUGUCCUCUAUCCCCUUGGCGUAUUUUCUGAAAUGAUGAUGGUUUAUCAAGCCUUACCUUAUGCCAAGGCAAUUCACCCAGCUUAUUACUUUGGUCUCAUUGCUGUUGCUCUUAUUUAUAUUCCAGGUUUCCCUGUCUUGUUUUCGCACAUGCUAGCUCAGCGUAGAAAAUAUGCAAGAGGUGAUUUAAAAAAGAAGCAAUAA